AAGCCACCGCCGCCAGUCUGAGGCAGGUGCCCGACAUGGCGAGUGCUGUGCUGCCGAGCGGAUCCCAGUGUGCGGCGGCGGUGGCGGCGGUGGCGGCGGCGGCGGCGCCUCCCGGGCUCCGACUCCGGCUUCUGCUGUUGCUCCUCUCCGCCGCGGCACUGAUCCCCACAGGCGAUGGACAGAAUUUGUUUACGAAAGAUGUGACAGUGAUCGAGGGAGAAGUCGCAACCAUCAGCUGCCAAGUCAAUAAGAGUGACGACUCUGUGAUUCAGCUGCUGAAUCCCAACAGGCAGACCAUUUAUUUCAGAGACUUCAGGCCUUUGAAGGACAGCAGGUUUCAGUUGCUGAAUUUUUCUAGCAGUGAACUCAAGGUGUCGCUGACAAAUGUCUCAAUUUCGGAUGAAGGGAGAUACUUCUGCCAGCUCUACACUGACCCCCCACAAGAAAGUUAUACCACAAUCACAGUGCUGGUCCCACCACGCAACCUGAUGAUCGAUAUCCAGAAAGACACAGCGGUGGAAGGCGAGGAGAUUGAAGUCAACUGCACUGCCAUGGCCAGCAAACCAGCCACGACCAUCAGGUGGUUCAAAGGGAACAAGGAGCUAAAAGGCAAAUCGGAGGUGGAGGAGUGGUCAGACAUGUACACUGUGACCAGUCAGCUGAUGCUGAAGGUGCACAAGGAGGAUGACGGGGUCCCAGUGAUCUGUCAGGUGGAGCACCCAGCUGUCACCGGAAACUUGCAGACCCAGCGGUACCUUGAAGUACAGUAUAAGCCUCAAGUGCAUAUUCAGAUGACUUACCCUCUACAAGGCCUAACCCGGGAAGGGGAUGCGCUCGAGUUAACAUGCGAAGCCAUCGGGAAGCCCCAGCCGGUGAUGGUGACCUGGGUUAGAGUCGAUGACGAAAUGCCUCAGCACGCCGUCCUGUCCGGGCCCAACCUGUUCAUCAAUAACCUAAACAAAACAGAUAAUGGUACAUACCGCUGUGAAGCCUCUAACAUAGUGGGGAAAGCUCACUCGGAUUAUAUGCUGUAUGUUUACGAUCCCCCCACAACUAUCCCUCCUCCCACAACAACCACCACCACCACCACCACCACCACCACCACCACCACCAUCCUUACCAUCAUCACAGACACGGCAGCGACGACAGAGCCAGCAGUUCACGGCCUUACUCAGUUGCCCAAUUCCGCAGAAGAACUGGACAGUGAGGACCUCUCAGAUUCUCGAGCCGGCGAGGAGGGCGCCAUCCGAGCGGUGGACCACGCCGUGAUCGGCGGUGUUGUGGCCGUGGUCGUGUUCGCCAUGCUGUGCUUGCUCAUCAUUCUAGGGCGCUAUUUUGCCAGACAUAAAGGUACAUACUUCACUCAUGAAGCCAAAGGAGCCGAUGACGCAGCAGACGCAGAUACAGCCAUAAUCAAUGCGGAAGGAGGCCAGAACAACUCCGAAGAAAAGAAAGAGUACUUCAUCUAGAUCAGCCUUUUUGUUUCACUGAGGUGUCCAGCUGGCCCCAUUUAGGUGAUAAAGAGACAGAGAUGUUGGAA